CCAGCAAUAAAGUCUCUCUCCUUCCCGCUUCUCUCUUUCUGCUCCAUCAGACUCUCUCACUCCUCAAUCAAACUAAUCAAAACCCUCGUUUUACUCCAUCACUUCCUCUCCAGACCCGCCAUUUUCACCCACCUCCUACGCCAACUACAUUAUCUCUCUUUAUCUACGGACGCUGUUUUCUUAGCUACAUCGACGCCUUCCUUUCCGUGGAUCUUCACCGCAUUUCCUGGAUCUCUCCUGAAAGGAAGCCAUGCAGCAAUCUCUCACUUCGUUCCCUCUGUGCGAUGGAGAGGUUGGCCAGCGGCAGGUGCUUCACCGGAAACCUAGGAUCCUCUUACCAGUCUCCGAAGAGGCUAUGCAGCUCGAAUGUAUCGAUUGCUGACAAUGGUUUUGGGUUUUGGUUCGUCGAGGGAAGAUGCGAACUUCGAUGCUGCUGCUGCUCAUUGUCCUUCUUCACCAGCUCAGCUUUUUCGUUUGUUGUUUAGGGCAUCCAUUAGUGCACAUAUUCCUGUCUCCUUCUUUACAACCAACUCGGCCAUUAUCUGCUGCGGAAAUUAUAGCCAAACAUGCUAGUUCAGUUUCAAUGAGUAUGUCAUUUGUUCAAUCAAGGGCUCGCAAGAAACAUGUUACUAAUCCUGUGGCAUCAUCACCCAACCCUCGUCCUGCGCCUGCACCAAGUGAUAUAGCUUCUGCUCCUAGCCCUAGUAGUAACCUGUUUCCAAGGCGUCAUCGUGGUCACCAUCAUCUCCAUCACCAUCAUCGUGUAAGACCUCAUGUGGCUGCUCCAUCCCCUUCUGAACAAGGUUGUGACCAAAUUUGCGUGGAGCCUCUUACUUCAACUCCAUUUGGUUCGCCUUGUGGUUGUGUGUUUCCAAUGAAAGUUAGACUUCUUUUGGAUAUAGCACCUUUUGCUGUUUUUCCUGUAAUGAAUGAGCUAGAGAUUGAGGUUGCAGCUGGUACAUAUCUUGAACAAAGUCAAGUGAAAAUAAUGGGUGCUAGUGCUGACAGUCAAAAUCAAGGGAGAACUCUGGUGGACAUUAACUUGGUGCCACUUGGAGAGAAAUUUGAUAAUACGACUGCUGUACUGAUUUAUGAGAGAUUUUGGCAUAAAAAAGUACCAUUAAAUGUCACUCUUUUUGGUAGUUAUGAAGCAAUAUAUAUUAGUUAUCCAGGAAUUCCAUCUUCACCUCCAUAUGGGAGUUACAUUGGUACCGGUCCAAGUGGGAGUAUUGGAGAUCUCCCUCUCACAGCAAAUUUUGUCAACAAGAACUCGAGAAUGAACAUAAGAACCAUUGCUAUUAUUGCUUUGUCUGCCAUUGUGCUUGUAUUGAUUUUGAUUGGAGCUGUCUCUGUCCUCAUAAAGUGGAAGAAAUUUGGAAGACCGUCAAGUGCUGUUGGUCCUGCAUUUGCAUCUUCUAUAAACAAAAGAUCUGGCACAGGCUCUAUCUUAUCAAGUAGCAUUGAAAGCUCUACAUCCAUGUCCCUUAUUUCCACCAUGGGAACAUCUGUUCUGUCUGUUAAAACAUUUGCAUUUGCUGAGCUUGAGAAGGCAACAGAUAAAUUCAGCUCAAAGAGGAUUUUGGGUGAAGGAGGAUUUGGGCGUGUUUACCGUGGCACAGUAGAAGAUGGAACUGAAGUUGCUGUUAAGUUGCUGACUAGGGAUAAUCAGAAUAGAGACCGUGAAUUUAUUGCAGAAAUUGAGAUGCUAAGCCGAUUGCAUCAUCGCAACCUUGUGAAACUGAUUGGUAUAUGCAUUGAAGGACGGACACGUUGCUUGGUGUAUGAACUUGUUCAUAAUGGCAGCGUCGAGUCCCAUUUGCAUGGUGUUGACAAGAGCAAAGGACCUCUUGAUUGGGAUGCACGCAUGAAGAUUGCCCUUGGAGCUGCCAGGGGAUUAGCCUAUCUUCAUGAAGAUUCAAAUCCUCGAGUGAUUCACCGAGAUUUUAAGGCUAGUAAUGUUUUACUGGAGGGUGAUUUUACUCCAAAGGUUUCAGAUUUUGGGUUGGCAAGGGAAGCCACUGAAGGAAGUCAGCAUAUAUCUACUCGCGUCAUGGGAACUUUUGGGUAUGUUGCCCCCGAAUAUGCUAUGACAGGGCAUCUUCUUGUCAAGAGUGACGUAUACAGCUAUGGUGUAGUGCUACUUGAGCUUCUCUCAGGAAGAAAACCUGUAGACAUGUCGCAACCUCCAGGACAAGAAAACCUUGUAACUUGGGCACGGCCAUUGCUGACCAGUAGAGAAGGUGUAGAGAAGUUAGUGGAUCCUUCCUUGGCUGGCGGCUAUAAUUUUGACGACAUGGCCAAGGUGGCAGCAAUUGCUUCCAUGUGUGUGCAUCCUGAGGUAACGCAGAGACCCUUCAUGGGUGAAGUAGUCCAGGCACUGAAGCUGAUAUACAAUGAUACAGAUGAAAACUGCGGGGACUACUGUAGUCAAAAGGAGUCCUCUGGUCUGGACUCUGACUGUAAGGGUGAUCUUAUGCCUUCAGAUAGUAGCUGGUGGAAUGCCGGGGGUAUCACGCCUCGAUUAACUUAUGGGCAGGCCUCUUCAUUCAUUACAAUGGAGUACAGCUCCGGGCCACUUGAAGAAAUGGAAAACAGACCAUUUUCAGCUUCAAGUUUGGGCGGGGACCGGUUAGCUUUACCAAUUCGGCAUGGAAACAGGUCAGGUCCUUUGAGAACAAUUCGAAGUAAGCCAAACCUGUAUAGAUUGAGAGGGAGUAUGAGCGAGCAUGGUGGACUCCUUUCAAGACAGCUACGGAGUGAAAGGCUAUUGGGUUUGAGGUGUUACUGGUGUUUUUUUUGAACUGUACAGUUACAAAGAAUCAGCUGCAUUUCUGUAAGCGGUCAAUUGGUGUAGUCUAGGGUUUGGGGUUUCUGCCGUUUCCAGUUCACAGAGAGGGAAAGGGAAAGAAAGAGUAUUAAGUGGAAUUUAAUUAAAAGAAAAAAAAAAAAAAAGAGAAUCUCGAUUCAUUAAUUUGCAAAGUUGGAGUUGUGAGUGGAAUUGGUUUUAGUCUGUAAAAUUUUAUUCUUGUGGAUUAACUGUGUAUUAGUUAGUAGUUAACUCUUUCUUGUCUCCAUGUGAGGUUGGAAAUCUCUUCUAUGAUUUUAUGUUUAAUAUAAAAUUAGCAAUUCCAGCGUUCAAAGGA